AUGAACAAUGCAGCUGAGAUAUGUGCAGUUCUUGAAAGAGUUCUAGUGGCAGUCCAAGAAGAAACCAUACUAACAAUUUUCAACCCUAAAUAUGUGAUAGAGGGCCUGUGCUUCCAUCUGAAAUGCUGGGAAGAUAAUGGAUGGAUGAGAGUGUCAAACAGUGAUGUCUGGAAGGCAACAGUAGCAGCACUGAGGCAGUGGAGAGCCCCAAUAUUCUUCCAGUGGACAAAAGGACACAAUGGAAAUGAAGGGAAUAAAGGAGCUGAUGCACUGGCAGAAAAAGGCAUGCAAGUAAAUGAAGACAGUGCUACACCUGCAGACAUAGAAAUAACUCAUGAAUUUGAUGUGGAAGGUGUAUGA